CCCACCUCCCCAUUGCCAACAAGACUGGGAGCUGGGAGCUGGAGAAGAUCACAGCAGCGCUGUGAGCAGCGGCUACAGCAGCCGACAGGCGGCGCAGAUUCCGCGUCGUGAAUCUGCGUUGCAAACCGCAAGAAACAACGGGAUUCAUUCAGCGUGGUUUUCUCGUGAACAAAUCGUGCCCUGCCUUGUUGUUGACCGGGAGAGUCCGUCGUCGUCGUCGACGCUGCUCUUCAUCGUCGUUGCGCCGAGGAGGCACCAAAACGAAAUGUGCCAAGGUGCGAAAAGCUGACAGAGAGAAGAGAACUCAGCUGCGUCGGCGCGCGGAUGGAGCCUCCCUGUAGUCAUAAUGUGCCUGCCGCCCCGGGCACCGCAGGAGACAUCGCUAUGUCGGAAACGUCGGCGGCGAAACUACAUGCCACCGGAAGUUCCGCCGCGCCGUCAGCCGCCGCCGCCGCCGCCGCCGCGACCAAGAGGAAGACCUUCAAGCGCGCCCUCAAGGCGACCGUCGGCGUUGGCCUGGCCGCCGCUUCCGCGGCGCUCGUAGCCCGCUCCGACGACAUCGGGGAGUGGUUGCAGUCCGUCGCGCCGCACGUUUUGCCGCACACGGUAGUUGUGCCCGGCGGUGCGGACACCGCCGUCCUGGCGGAUUUCGUCCUCCAGGCCAUCGCGGAGGCGAAGAGCUGCGUGCAGGAGGGGGUCAACGUCUGCCUGGACGCUGAGGGUCGAGUGACGGCGUUAUACACGUUUAUUUCUCAGUGGUACUUGAGCCCCAGGCAGCACGUCGUGGAGAUGGCGUUGUCCAUCCUCGUCCUGUCCCCGCUUGUCUACCUCUACUUCAAGCUCUGCCGAGCGCGGCUGAGGCUCAAGCGCGCGGCGGGGGCCUUCGACGCGAAGAGACCAAGCCUCCUGAUGAAGCUCUGGGGGGCGGCGCUGCUCGGCCUUGUCGGAGCCGGAGCGUUCCUCAAGUUCACCAAGCGGGAGCUCAUCUCGCACCCGGCGUACCUGUGGCAGCCCUGCCACGUCCACAGCCUCGCCAUGGGGCUGUGCGCCUUCGUGGAGACGGAGGGGGCGCUGCUGGUGAUGCACGUGGCCACGACCCUGUGGUGGGGGCCGUUCCUGGCGUUCGUGGCGCCCUCGUUGCCAACCGACCCCGUCGAGAUUGCCAUUUUCUGGGCGCAGCACGCCCUGAUGCUACUAGCUCCGUUCCUGCGACUGACGGUGGGGACGCGGUGGCUGUACAGGGACUUCUGGUGGAACUCCGUGGGCUUCGUUAUCUUGACCUGCUACCACUGGUGGUGGCUUGCCCCAGUCAACCUAUUCACGGGGGUGAACGUGGCCACCAUGUCGGUGCCCCCAGACUCCCUCGAGAUGUUCGGGAAGUACUACCGCCCGGUGUGGGGGUUAAUCUGCGGCCUCCUUCAGCUGGCCGCGGUCGGGGUCAUGUGCUUGCUGGCCCGUGUGUUCGGGCAGAUGCCGUCGUCGACAGCAGCAGCACCAGCACCAGCACCAAUGACGACAUCUGGUAGGGCUAAGGGUAGUUGCCCGGCCAUGACGGGGGCCCCGCAACGUACCAAUGGGAACGCCAGAUCUAGCACCGGCAGCAGCAGCAGCUCUAGCGACAACGCCUGCGGGGUCCGCCGAAGGGUACCCGACGAUGCGGUGGGAAUUUCUCAGGAGAAGGCGGUGUCGCUUGUGGAUGGGAACUAA